AUGAGCAAGUUCGUUUGUUUCUUUGUUCUGCUUCUGAUCACAGUGGCCGUUGGUGAAAAUGAGCAUGAACAUGGGCAUCAUGAGGAUGAGAAACACGGUCCAUGCGGGAAGUUCAGCACAGAGAGAAUGUUAACACAUAACCUGCGUCACUGCGAAAAAGCUGCAAAGAAUGUGUAUGCUCCUGUUUCUUCACAGUGCUGCAAAGCGGUGGAAAAGGUCAGCAUUCCUUGCUUGCAUGCUAUCUUUGCUUCUGGGGCAUUUCAGCAAGUUGGCAUCAAUCCUGAAAUUGCAAUCACCAUUCCUCGUCGUUGCCAUCAUCAUUUCUAA